AUGCGCGUUCAGGAGCUAGUGAAAAUAGUCGCUGUUUCUGUCCCACGUGACGCGAGCGUAUCUCCCCCACCUUUGCUAAUGAAGAGCCUAGAUGAAGUUAUUGAUUCAGAUCGCAAUGUUCCCUUUGAGAAUGGAUUCAGUCGAAGGUUUCUUGCCGCCCCUGAUGGCUACAACAUCUCGUUCCACAACACGUUUUGUUCAACCAAGUUUAGCAAGCAUCUCCAAUAUCUAAAUAACAAAGAAGUGGUCUAUUUCAUCAAAGGUCAAGGUGAAUACGUAUGGGAAAAUGGGAAGCGUCGACACGAUUUUGACUCUGAAAAGCAUCAUGGAACUAUGUUUCUUGUGGCCAACAACGCACACGAGGUGAAAAUUGGCGCUAGAGAUUCCAUUGCAAUCUGCUUGUUCUUUCCACCACUUAUGGGAAACGAACGGCUGAAGACUGGUCAGGAGAAUGGUUCUUCAUAUUAG